AUGGUUGGCUACAUGAAGAUUGGCGGCGAAUUGACAGUCGACGAGCGCAACCUCCUCUCGGUAGCCUACAAGAACGUCGUCGGAACACGUCGUGCCUCGUGGCGCAUCAUCUCCAGCAUCGAGCAGAAGGAGGAGGCCAAGGGCUCGGACAAGCACGUCGGCAUCAUCCGCGACUACCGCCAGAAGAUCGAGACCGAGCUCGAGAAGGUCUGCCAGGAUGUGCUCGAUGUGCUCGACGACAGCCUCAUUCCAAAGGCCGAGACCGGCGAGAGCAAGGUCUUCUACCACAAGAUGAAGGGUGACUACCACCGCUACCUUGCCGAGUUCGCUAGCGGCGAGAAGCGCAAGACUGCCGCGACUGCUGCCCACGAAGCCUACAAGAACGCUACCGAUGUCGCCCAGACUGAGCUCACCCCAACCCACCCCAUCCGUCUCGGCCUCGCGCUCAACUUCUCGGUCUUCUACUACGAGAUCCUGAACUCGCCCGACCGUGCAUGCCACCUUGCCAAGCAGGCUUUCGACGAUGCCAUCGCCGAGCUCGACAGCUUGUCCGAGGAGUCUUACCGCGACAGCACUCUCAUCAUGCAACUUCUCCGCGACAACCUCACCCUCUGGACUUCCUCAGAUGGCGCCGAGGCCGACGCCGCUGCCGGCGAGGCCAAGGGCGAGGAGACCAAGGCAGCAGAGCCAGCAUCAGAGGCUCCAGCCGCAGCCGCUACCGAGGAGACAAAGCCAGCGGCUUAA